AUGCUCUUAGUUUCCUGCAAACUGAAUCCUAGUUAGUGCCAAAGAACUAGAUGCACGUGUUGAUUUAAACUGAUUUUUCAUCAGUUAAAUCACGUGUGUCAAACUCAAGGCCUUUGGGCCACAUCUGGCGAGAUGGCGGCAGCCACAGAAUGUGCGGAGUUGCAGCCUAAGCUGCCUCCAUUGGGACAUGCAGUCACAAUCUCCCGCCUGCAGGUUAGACAACAGGGAGGCUACCUGCGAUCAUUCCUGCGUCAAGUUCGUCAGAUCAAGCAUCUGUUGACGUAUACAACCCUAAUUUCAAAUCAAAGCUAGCCCCUAACAAUGGCCAAGAGAAAAGCUGAUUCUGAAAACAUUUGCGGAGGUAAUGUGCCUGUAAUUAAGGAGUAUAAUCUAAGACAGCACUACAAGACAAAACAUCAGGACAAGUUUAAAAACCUGGAUGCAAAGCAGAAACUACAGAAGGCUGAAGAGUUGAAGAGGAAUCUGACAUCCCAGCAGACCGAAGUGAAAUCACAAAGUGAAGCUGCUAUGAAAGCAAGUUUUAUUGUGGCAGAGAAGAUUGCCAAAUCAGGACGGCCAUUUAGUGAGGGAGAGUUUCUGAAGAACUGCAUGAUGAAAGCGUGGGACAUCAUGUGUCCAGAUAUAAAACAGGCGUUUGCAAAUGUAAGCCUUAGCACAAAUACGAUUGCUGAUCGGGCUUGUGAGAUGGCCACUGAUUUGAAAACACAGUUGCUUGAAAGAGGGAAAGACUUUGUUGCAUACUCCCUUGCUGUGGAUGAAAGUACUGACACUGCACAGCUGGCCAUCUUCAUCCGUGGAGUGGACUCCAGUUUGUGCGUUACUGAGGAAAUAUUGGACAUUAAAUCGAUGCAUGGGACAAUGGAAGGAAAAGACAUCUUUGAAAACGUAUAUCAAAGUGUAACCGACAUGAAACUGCCUUGGGACAAACUUGUUGGACUUACAACAGAUGGAGCACCAGCGAUGUGCAGUGAAAAAAGUGGACUAGUGGGAAGGAUGCGCUUAAAGAUGCGGGAGGAGAACUGUGCUGGUGAGUUGACAGUAUAUCACUGCAUCAUACACCAAGAAGCACUGAGUGGUAAAGUCCUAAAAAUGGAUCAUGUGAUGAACACUGUAACACAAACAGUAAAUUUAAUCAGAGCCCAAGGUUUAAAUCACUGCCAAUUUCAAUCUUUUCUGCGGGAAAUAGAUUCAGAGUUUGGCGACAUGCCUUAUCAUACGCAGGUGCGGUGGCUAAGUCAGGGGAAAGUUCUCAAUAGACUUUUUGAGCUGGUCGAGGAAAUCUGUCAGUUCAUGGACAGUAAAGGAAAAGACUCCACAGUUCUGCGGGAUGAAAAGUGGAAAUGCGAGUUGGCAUUUCUGGCUGAUAUAACUACGCAUCUCAGCGUCUUAAACCUUCAGCUCCAGGGACAGGAGCGCAUGAUAACUGAUAUGUAUGAUGCAGUGAAGGCAUUUCAAGUAAAGCUGUGCUUAUGGGAGACACAAAUGCACCAAUGCAACUUGUCUCACUUUCCCUGUUGCCAGGUAAUGUUGAACCAAGUUAGCGCCACAGUGUUCCCAAAUGCUCACUUUGCUGAUAAACUGAGCGCACUUCGCACUGAGUUCACAUGGCGCUUUGCUGAUUUGGAAGCACAGAAAAGUAAUUUUGAACUGCUUCGCAACCCAUUUGCUGUCGAUGUGGAAACUGCACCAGUAGAAAUUCAGAUGGAGCUGAUAGAGCUGCAGUGUAACGGAACGCUGAAGGCAAAGUACGACAGUGUGGGGCCUGCACAGUUCAUUCGCUUCAUUCCUGAAGUGAUGCCCCAGCUCCGUCAACAUGCGGCUCGAACCCUGAGUUUGUUUGACAGCACAUACCUAUGUGAGCAGCUGUACUCUGUGAUAAAAAUUAACAAAACCUCGCACAGGAGUCAUCUCACUGAUGAACACCUUCAGUCCAUCCUGAGAAUCUCCACAACACAGAACCUAACCCCAAACAUAAACGAACUUGUUGCCAAGAAGAGAUGCCAAGCAUCAAACUCUGAUAAAAUGGCAUCAGAGCACAAAUAAUGUAAUGUUUUGAUUUGUUAUGAUGUAACUUUUACUUUAAAGCACCAUUUUUAUGAAGAGCAAAAUAUUUCAAGUUUAAGUUUAUGUUGCAAUGAUAUUGUAUCCUGUGUUUCAAUGUAUAUUAAUGUUCAAAAUGUUCAGUUUUAGUCUGUUUAAUAAAUGUUUAUCCUGUUUGGCCUGUUUGGCCUGCAA